AAAAAAAUGGAGAUGACCUGUGGUUUCUCCCUAAUUCUAGGCCAGGAGCUAGGAAUAGGACGUGCGUCUUGUUGCCAGUUCACAAACCAGCAACAAGAAAGGGAAAACAGUAAAAACUAAACAGUCUUUUGGAAAGUUAAUAUUUUCUUUGUAGGGAGAGACUUUCUAUAGAAAAUCUUGAGAAAAAAAUUGAAAAUUUAGAAAUGUGUAAUGGUUUGAAGGUUUGAGAAAGGAAAAGAAAAAAACUUCAGUUUGAAAUGCAGCAGAUGCAUAAUUAUACUGCUGUGCACCAAUACAGCCCAAAACUGACACAGAUAUUGAGAGAGAGUGAUUUUUUGAUGAAGUUUAAAUAAACAAACCCCCUCCACCUACUCUGAUUCUCCUACUCUCUCUCUAUAACUCCCCCCUCUCUAGGUCCAAAACUCCAUACCACUCCGUGUCUCUUAGUGGGUUCAUGUGUGUUAUAAACUUAUAGUUCUAUUCUAAUUGAAGCAAAUGUCUUAAACCCUUCAAAACCCCGAGCUCUGAUCUCGUUUCAUCAAAUUUUCCUUCUGGGCGUCGCACGAUGGCAACGACACACACUUCCCAUUUUAACACAGGCCACCAUUUGAGCCGUAGCAGCAGUGAUAUGUCAUUCUCUGGAGAGAUUGGUGCCCACAGGGACUCUUCAGUUUCAGAUUGCUUGUCAGACGUAGAUUUGGAGAGUGGGGCUUUGGAGGGGAAGCUGCAUUUGGAUGAUAAAACUGACAGAGAUUGCAGAAUUUGCCAUUUGGUUUUGGAGAGUAAUGAGCUAGAGAAUGGGGCAGCUAUUGAGUUGGGGUGUUCCUGCAAGGGUGAUUUGGGGGCUGCACAUAAGAAGUGUGCAGAGACUUGGUUCAAGAUCAAGGGUAACAUGAUAUGCGAGAUAUGUGGUGUCACUGCACUCAAUGUUGCUGGCGAACAGGCAAAUGGGGCACACAGUGCUACCGCUGCUCUCUCAUCAGCACCGACAGCACCUCUAAUAUCGGUGGAAACUCGAACAUUCUGGCAUAGCCGGCGCAUUAUGAAUUUCUUGCUUGCUUGCAUGGUCUUUGCAUUUGUCAUUUCUUGGCUCUUCCACUUCAAAGUCCUUUCAUGAGUCGACGCAAGAGGAAGUAGCCCAAGGGAUAAGGUGUCAUCCCCAACUCUCAAUUGGUUGCUUUGGUACCUUAUUCACACGUAUCCUCAAUUACCCUUAAAUGUCUUACUUAGAGGUGGUUCCACAUUAGCAUGCUACCUUGUGUACUUGUAAAAGUUUAUGUUGUAAUCAUGUAUUAGUUCUGGUUUCUUCUAUGUAAAAUUGUUUGAACACUACCUUUGAAAGAAAAGAAGCAAGUCUUUUAACUGUGUUUAGAAA